AGUUGAAUGACGUUUGAAGAAGAAACCAAAUUUGAGCGACUUUAGUGGUCAAUUUACCAUAAGUCGACUAAUUUGACUCUCUACUGAAUUACUUGGUGGCUUCAUUACUUCAUUGACCUUGCUGUGUCUCUCGAAUUUCCAUGCACUUUCAUUUGCCACUGAUGGUCCUGUAUUCCACAGUGAUUGUUGAAUUCCAAAGAAACUGAAAAUGACAAAUGAAAGUGCACAAGAAACUGCCGAGUCAUUCAGAGGAGAGUCAAAUCAAUAGCUGUCUCGACUCUUUUUAGUUGUCAAUCUGCGUGGUAGUCAAUGCACAAGGCAGAUUCCAAAGACCACGACCCUGGGGCGGAGCUACAAUAUUAGGAAUUGCUAGCAGUUAGAUCAAAUGCAUCACUUUAAGGAACUUAUAAGCAAACUAUCACCCUUUGCCUCUAAAGGAAGGCUGAGGAAAGAGCAGAACUAUUUGAAGAAUGGAAGUGCAGUGUUAGAGGAGUUUCUUACUUUAUGCGAUGGAAAAUGCCGAAUUCCCCUCCGUUACUUUAGUGCCAUAGAAAUCGAGAGAGCAACAAAAGACGCAGAGAAUUCAGUAAUUUUCAUCAAAGGAACAUAUAUGGUAAAAGGUUUACUAGACAAACGCAGUAUUCUGGUUAAUUUCACAUACUGUAAUUUUGACAGAAAGUUCAGUGAUGUAUGCCGAGAUAUAGCAAUUACUUCGCAGAUGAGCCAUCUUAAGAACGUGCUUAAAAUUAUCGGCUGCUGCCUAGAAUAUGGAGAACCUGUUAUGGUGUAUGAAUAUGUUGAGGAUGCAAUAACUCUUGAUGAUUUACUUUCCAAUAAUGGUUAUGCUAGAAAUUCGUCCAUACCUUGGGAAAGUAGACUGCGGAUUGCCAAUGAGAUCGCUUCAGUAAUUGUUUUUCUCCAUAGUGAAUUUACUACGCCCAUCAUUUUCAGAGACCUGCACUCACAAAAGGUGUUAAUAGAUCAGAGUAGUGGAGUUUCCAAACUGUACGAUUUCUCAUUCUCCGUACCAUUGCCUCCGGGAGAAUUGGAAGUAGAAGCUCAAGAUGGUGUGCGCGGAACAUGUGGCCAUCCUGAUCCAGAAUACUGCUGCUCGGGUAUUGUUACUCAAAAAACUGAUGUCUACAGUUUUGGAAAUGUUCUCUUGCAGCUAUUGACUGGAAAAAAUGCGUAUGUGCGUAAUGGUGCGAUCAUAAAAUUUGGGGAAACGUACUUGGAAUCCAAUAUGGAAGAGUGUAAUGUAAUGGAUAUAGCGGAUCCUGACAUUUUGGCUGGAGAGCGUGGAAUUCAUGAGAUUCGACAACAAUUGGAAGACUACUUUGAUCUUGUUAAGAGAUGCACGGUUACAAAGGGAGACGAUAGACCAUACAUGAUUUAUGUUGCAAGAGAAUUGCGCCGAAUGGAGAAGUGUUUUCAUGCCCUCAGUACUCCUGUUCUGAAUUAGAACUUUGUUCUGCAUGAAGAGAAAAAUAGGAGUAAUGUAAAAUUCAGAUACAACUAUUAUAUUUUCUUGUGUGUUUGAAGUUUGUCCUAGCAUUUCCAAUAUGAGAAGGAAACAUUGAUCAA